ACUCGGAUCCCCUGUCCCUGCUGUUGCUGCCGGCUGCAGGAGAGAGGAGCGAGCCCGCUCCAGCUCUUAUUUCUCGUCUUGGUGUUCUCCAGGAAGAUGGCGAAAGCCAGCAUCUCCCUGCACUCCCUGAACGAGACGCUGAACAGACAGACAGCUGACAGACUUGGAAAGAAACUGCUCCUCUUGUCGAGAUACUGCUCAUACUGUUGGCUCACCCACAGCCUUUAUGACUCUGCUUCACACAAUGGUGAACACAAAAGCAGCUAUUGGAGACCUGACCAGAGGGAGGAACGAUGAAACAACUCCUGAAAGAAAAAAGUGAAAAUUAAUUCUGUGGGAAACCGCUUGAAGAAAGUAGAAAGCAGGCUGCUGUCGCUGGAGGCUCGGUUCGCACAGCUGGACUCCAGCCUGCAGACCCUGGCGCACGACUUUGAGCGGCAGGCCGAGAUGCUGGAGGCGGACCUGAGGCGGGAUGUGCCGUGGGCACCUGCGGCCAGGCUCGGCGGAGCGGGUGGAAGAGGAGAAGGAGGAGACAGGAGAAGAGGAGGAGGAGGAGAAGAAGGAAGGAGAAAAGGAGAAGGAGGAGACAAAGGAGGAGGAGGCGGAGCCCUGAGGCGGGCGGCGGGAACGGCUCCCGAGUGAGGGGCGGAGCGGAGCCGCCAUUGCGGGAGCCGCGGCCUUUCGCGGCCUCCGGAGCGUAUUGCUGGGCCAAGUGGAAAAAUCGUGAGGACACAGAUGACCCCCACAGUGUCAAGUCAUACAAGAAGGCCCUGAUGUUGUCCUAAGUGCUGCUCCUCUCCCUCAAGUCAGUAUGUCGAAGAUACCCACGGCCCCGCUUUCCUUGUCCGACUGCCUCUGCCAAAUUUGCAUGGAGAUCUUUGUGGAGCCUGUCACGCUGCCGUGCAGCCAUACCCUCUGUAAUUCCUGCUUCCAGAUGACCGUGGAAAAGGCCAGCCUCUCUUGCCCCUUCUGUAGGCGUCGAGUCUCUUCCUGGGCACGCUACAAUACCCGCAGAAAUACUCUCAUCAACUGGGAGCUCUGGGAGAAGAUUCAGAAGAAUUACCCAGAGGAGUGCGAGCGCAGGAUGAACGGGCAGGAUUUGGAUGAGGAGAUCUGUGUCCCCAAGCCGCAGCACCAGCUGAGCAAGCCUGGGGAGCUGAGGCAGGAAUAUGAAGCAGAGAUUAGUAAGGUGGAGGCAGAAAGGCGAGCACAUGAACAGGAGGAGAACAAAGCCAGUGAGGAAUACAUCCAGCGGCUGCUGGCAGAGGAGGAGGAGGAGAACAGGCUGGCAGAAGAGAGACGGAAGGAGAUGGAGAAGCAGCUGAAGCAAGAUGAAGAGCUGGCCUGGCAGCUCAGUAACAGUCUGAAUGAGGAUCCUGAGGGACACGUGCCCGGCAGCCCGACUCCAGCACACAGCCUCUCCCUUCAGGCAUCCCCACUGAACCCGAGCAAGGCAAAGAACAAACCAAGCAACUCUGGAGACAUUCAGAAGUAUCUGUCUCCAAAGAAUUAUAGUAUGUUGGGAUCAGCAUCGUUCUCCAGUACCACAGGAAGAGUCAGGAGCAACUCUGUCUCUGGGGACUCCAACAGCAAUGAAGGCAGCAGUUCUGCAGUGCAGGAUGAGCAAGAGGAAAUGCCAACCCUGUCUCCACAGCUGACCAGUGUAAAUAAAGAUUCUGGAGCUAAGGAUUCAUUUUUGGAAUCAUGCAUGAACUAUUUCAGUGCCUCAGCUUCAGGUGAAACUGCCACUGUCAAGCAGGAAAAAACACCAGGACCAAAUGGUUUAGAAGAUGGAGUUCCAGAUGCACUUCAUGGAACCACAGAAGAGGAAGAGUCUAGGACAGUUCUUCUUAGAUCCAAAGGAGAUGAUGGUGGAAUAGAGUCAGACAGUGGCAAUUUGACACAUGUCCAAAGGGUAAACCUCGAAAAGUCUGAUGAAAGUUGUACCUCUGGUCAGUUAGGAAUGAAUUGUGUGAUGUCUGACAGCCAGACUGUGUUGCCUGGCCUGGGGAAGGAGGCUGGACUCUCAAAUGAAGAGAUACCAGAGAGGCCACAGAACUCUAAGGAGACUCCCAAAAGGAAGCUAGUGGAGGCCCCAGCUGAUGCCAUGAUUGACUUGGACAUGCUUGACAAGAGGAGAAGAACCUUUUCAGAAAGUGUAGAAGAGCAAGGAGAGCAGAUGAAUGAUUUUAACUUGCAGACACAACGAGCCUUUGAGCAGGAGUUCUAUGAAAGGCGCAGGCAGGAGGAGCAGGACAGGCUCCUGGCUCUGCAGCUGCAGAAGGAGCUGGACAAGGAGGAAAGGACACUGAACAGACAGAAGGGCUCUCCAGACGAGUAUCUGCUUCGCACCAAACCACCUCGGUGUGGGAAAGCCUCUGCUGCCAGGAAGGAAAAUUCCAAGGGGGCAAAAGACUCAAAGGGAUCAAAAACACAGGCUGAAAGCAAUCACCACAAGGCUCGGAAAGGCUCCUGCAAUGAAAACUGGCAGUCCCCUGGCAGGGUCCGGGUGAAAUCCCCCAGCGUCAAGGAAGGAAAGGUUUUGAAUUGUGUGGUUAAUACCAGUGACACGAAUGAUAUUUGUUCACCGCCUAAGAACAAGCAAAAAACAAUCCUGCAGAUGUUUAAAAGCCCUGUUGCAGAGUAGAUCAGAGCCGUGGACAGGUGGUGGAAUGGGAAUGGGAACUGUGGUGAUGUUCUCCUGUGCUAGGCUAAGCUUCCCUAAGCGGUUUUGAGUGGUUGCCUUGGAAGGGAACCACUUUGGGCAGUGGCGCUGUGAGUUCUGAGAAGUUCUAACAUACACACCCAGAAUGUAACAUUUUUUAAUUGUUCCUUUCUUGAAUAUUAUUUUCUAGCACUUGGAGCACUUCUUGCAGGAAUCGGAACAUUUCUUAUUUUCUAAUUUGCAUUUACAUGGUUUGGAAUGUGAAUACUGGCAGUGUUGGAAAGCAGUGAUAACUGAUGGUCUGAUCUGAAAAUGAGAAUCCAAAGCCUUUCAUGGAAAAGAUGCACAUUCCAUGGAGGAAACCAAUGAAAAAUGAGUCUGUAUUCCCAGCUGGCUGUCAGCUGCAAGGUUGAAGCUUCCCUCAGCACAACCACUGUUCUCGAAAUUGAAGCACCUUGCUGGAAUUUAGGCUGUUGCUGGAAUUGCAUUGUUGGCACACCCAUUAACACUAGUGUAAGCAGACAGCCACUCUUUCACUCUCAUGUGCUAACCCCUCCCUCAGACAAAGAGGAAAGAAACAGGUCAUUCUCCCCUGACAAAGCCAAGGAUCUUUUAUGGAUGCCAAGGCUGUGGGCAUUCCCCUCUGUUCACAGAGAUCCCUCCUGCAGAUCCCAUUUUCCCUGUUGUUAAGAACAAAAUACUUCUGUUGUUAAUGUCCUGUUAAUGGUACAUAUGAAUGUACAGUGGUGUUACUAUACUUAAUGCUGUUUCAUUUUCAUACUCUGACUGGUUUGAGUGUGAUUAAAACAAUAGUCCAGAAGCCAGUUAUGAUGGAGAAAGUUAAAAGGGAAAGAAGCAACUGAAGACUGGAGUUCAGUAAUGACAUAACUGUAAUUAGAGAUUCACAUAGCUGC